GACCCACCAGGUACUAAUCUCCCGCGCGUCGCGGAGAGCGGCUGUGACCUGACGGAAGUAAUCCUUUAGACUGCCCCGGAACCCACGGGGGAAACUACUAAAGUUUCUGUGGAAGCAAAGUAGAAUUUCAUAAGAACAUAAUGGAUGGAGAGGAGAAAACGUAUGGUGGCUGUGAAGGCCCUGAUGCCAUGUAUGUCAAGUUGAUAUCUUCUGAUGGUCAUGAAUUUAUUGUAAAAAGAGAACAUGCACUAACAUCAGGAACAAUUAAAGCCAUGUUGAGUGGCCCAGGUCAGUUUGCUGAAAACGAAACCAAUGAGGUCAAUUUUAGAGAGAUCCCUUCACAUGUGCUAUCAAAAGUAUGCAUGUAUUUUACCUACAAGGUUCGCUACACUAACAGCUCCACCGAGAUUCCCGAAUUCCCAAUUGCACCUGAAAUCGCACUGGAACUGCUGAUGGCUGCGAACUUCCUAGAUUGUUAAAUAAAAUAAAUUAUAAUAAACUGUUAACUUUUUCAGUAUUUAAUACCUGUAGUUCAGUUAGUAAUUUUUUCAUAUAUAGCAUGUUGCCUGUAUGCAAUUGAACUAUGAAGUUCAUUGCAAAGCAGAUUAUCUUCUGUUCUUUUGCAUAGCAAUCAGAAUUGAAAUUUGUUUGCUACAUCAACAAAUUAAGGACAUUUUCACAAAAAGAAAUAAACAGAUAUGCCAAUUCAUAGAUGGUUUUACCUUAUCCUUUGGAUGUGACUUUUAAAAUUAGAGCAAUGAUCAUAUAGUUAAUGCUGAACUUUAGGCAUAAAUGAACAUGCAGGUAAAAUAAUGGGGCUAAGUAUUUUUAUGUUUUUAGUGUUUUUUUAAAAACCUAUUCUGAUCUUACAGCCUCCAGUAGCAUUACUAGGGUUAUGCAAAUAACGCAUUAUAAAAAUGUAACAUAAACUUAGCCGAAACAUUGAUUUUUAUAACUCAUAUAAGAGUUGAAAUUUCUUAUGUGUCUUUUGAUAAACUGCAGUAUUGUUUAAGUGUA